UCAAGAUGGGGCGAAACGAUACCUCCCUCUCACCCAUCCUAUGUAUCCGACCGACCUGUGCCUCUUCUCCCGCCUCUCUCCCUCCUUUCUCUCCCACUUCCUCCCUGCAGCCAUCAGGGGCUCGGACGGAUUCUCUCUGGAGCGCAUGGACGAAUCAGAGGCUGACAGCUGGAUGCGGGAUCCACCGGGGGGUCUCGGGCCGGGGCUCGGGGCGCUGGCCGGAGCGCAGCUCAUGUUCAUCCCUGUCCCCACACCACCCCUGGCAGGCACCCCUUCCGUUCAUCCCAUUAACCAGCUCCCGCUCUUCCAUUUUCACCCCAUUCAACCUCUCUCUCCCCCCCUUUCUUUCCACUUUCCUCUGCACCACCUCUCCCACACCCCCUCCUCUCCACCCUUUCCUCCUCACAAUUCCCCUCCCCCAUUUCCCCCCCUCACUCCCAUUUUUUUACCAUUCCUCCCCCUUCCCCUCCCCCUUCCCUCCCCCAGCACCCCUUCAGCGCGGGUCCUGCCAGCAGCGACGCCGGGGACAGUGACCUUGCUAGACAUGGGUGAGGCACCGUCUUACAUGUUUCGCUCCCUUGUCCCCUUUCCCUUUCUCCCUUCCCCAGCACCCCUUCAGCACCGGUCCCGCCAGCAGCGACGGCGGGGACAGCGGGUUCGUGCAGACUCUUCUAGACAUGGCACCGGUCCAGCCAGCAGCGACGGCGGGGACAGCGGGUUCGUGCAGACUCUUCUAGACAUGGGCGAGGCUUCGUCAUACGUGCAGCGCUCGCCUGCACCAGAAGCAGCCUUUCAGCAGACGAACCAAGCUGCCCUUGGGGGAAUGGAGAAUCUGGUGGAGCAAUUGCGAGAGUCGGAGAGAAGGAGGAAGGUGCUGGAAGGAGAGGUGGAGAGGGUGAGGGAGGAGGUGGGGAGACUGGGGAGGGAGUUGGGGGAGGUGAGGGGGAGGGAGGAGGAGGAGAGGAGGGAGGUGGAGGGGAGGGAGGAGGGGUGGAGGGAGGAGAGGAGGGAGAUGGUGGAGAAGAUACAGGCAGCUGAAGGAGCUUUGAGGGAGGCUAAUGUGAGAAGGGAGGGGAUGGGGGGAUGGGAGGGGGCUGCAAGGGCGGAGCAGGAGGAGCGGGUGAGGGUGCUGGAGGCUGCAAGGGCGGAGCAGGAGGAGCGGGUGAGGGUGCUGGAGGUGAAGCUGAGGGCAGCAGAGGAGACUCCAUUUGAACCCGCUGCAAGGGCGGAGCAGGAGGAGCGGGUGAGGGUGCUGGAGGUGAAGCUGAGGGCAGCAGAGGAGACUCCAUUUGAACCCGCUGCAAGGGCGGAGCAGGAGGAGCGGGUGAGGGUGCUGGAGGUGAAGCUGAGGGCAGCGGGGGAGGACGGGCAUGUGCUGAAGAGUGCGAUGCAGGAGAUGAGUGCAGGCACGCACGGGGAGCAGCACACACUCAGUGUCGUACAGGGGCAGGUCAACGCCCUACAGACCCAGUUAGUGCGCGAGAGGGAGCGAGCAGCGGAGGAGGCGGAGGAGCUAACUCAGGAGAUGGCGGAGCUGCGAUUUCAGCUCAUGGAGCAGACCCAGUUAGUGCGCGAGAGGGAGCGAGCAGCGGAGGAGGCGGAGGAGCUAACUCAGGAGAUGGCGGAGCUGCGAUUUCAGCUCAUGGAGCAGGUGGACGCCGAGAGGGGGCUGCGCGCCGAGACAGAGGCAGCGUCUUUGCGGCGAGUGCAGGAGCUGGAAGCGAUGGCUCUAGCGGCCAACGAUGCGAAGCUCCAGGCAAUGGCUGCUAAGGCGGAUGCAGAGAGAAAGAUAGAAGCCAAGGAAUUGGCUCUUAUGCAGAGAAUCGAAGCAGCUGAUAAGAGGGAUAAGAAGGUGGGGGAGAUGGAGAGGGAGAUGGAGGAGAGGAGGAAGGAGGUGGAGGAAAAGGAAAGGGAGGCGGAGGAGGAGAGGAGGAAGGUGGAGAAGGAAAGGACUGAGAGUGAGGAGAGAGUGAGGGAAGCAGAGGGGAGAGUGAAGGAGUCGGAGGAGAGAGUGAGGGAGGCGGAAGGGAGAGUGAGGGAGGCCGAAGGGAGUGUGCGAGAAGCGGAAGGGCGUAGGGAGGAAGCAGAAAAGCAAGUCGCGAGGAUGGAAGAGCAAGUGAGGGAGUGGGAGGAGAGGGUGAAAGGACUGGAAAAGGAGAAGAAGGAAGCAGAAAGUGCUUUGGAUGAUGCUGAAGAUAGGGCAGCGGAUAUAGAAGGGCAGUUCUUGGUUAUGCAGAGUAGAGUGAGGGAUUUGGAAGGGAAGCUGCGGCAGCAGAGUGUUGAGUCAGAAGCUGUUUGUAAGGAGCUUAGGGAGGAGGUGAAGAGACGGGAAGAGGAGGUGAAGAGACGGGACGAGGAAGGGGAGGGGGUGAGGAAGGGGCGGGAUGAGGCGAAGAGGAGGGUGGGGGAGUUGGAGAGGGGUGUGGAGGAGGGGAGGAGGAAGGCGGAGGAGUGGGAGAGGAGAGUGAGGGAGAAGGAGGGGAGGAUUCAGGAGUUGGAGUCGGAGGUUAUGAGGGGUAGGAGGCGGUUGGAAGAGAUGGAGAUGGAAACGAAGGGAGCGAGGGAGGUGGGAGAGAGUGUGAAGAGGAGGUGGGAGGAGAGCGAGGUGGAGAUUCAGAGGAAGGAGAGAGAGAGGGAGGAGGAGGCGAGGAGAGUGAGGGAGUUGGAAGAGAGAGUGAGCGAGAGAGGGGAGAGAGUGAGGGAGUUGGAGGAGAGAGUAAGGGAAUUGGAGGAGAGAGUGAGGGAGGGAGAAGAGAGAGUACGGGAGGUGGAAGGGAAGUUGAGAGUGGAGGAAGAGAGAGUGAGGGAGAUUCAGAAAGAAGGGGGUGCGUGGAAGGAGAGAGAGAGGGAGAUGGAGGUCAAGAUACGAGAAGCAGAGGAGAAGGCAGGAGCCGCAGAAGCAAAGGCGGUCAAAGCAGAGGAGAAGGAAGGGGAAAGUAAAAAGGCAUUGGAAGAAAUAGAAAAGGAGGUGAAGAGGGUGCGAGAUCUAGAGGACGAAGCAAGGAAGUGGGUAGAGGAGGUAGAGGGAGAGUGCAAGAGACGCACAGAGGAGGUGGAAGAAGAGAUGAAGAGGAGAGUGGUAGAGCUUGAGAGGAAGCUGAAGGAGAGUGGGAGUGUGGCUGGGAGUGCGGAGGAGAAGAGCAAGAGGGUUGCUGAGCUAGAAAAGGAGAUCGAAGAGGCGGAGAAACUGGUAAAGGAUUUAGAGGAGGCUGUAGAUGAAGGGAAACUGAAGGUUAAGGCGUUGGAGGGGCAAGUGGAGGAGAGAGAGAGGGUGAUAAAGGAGUUAGAGCGAGGGGUGGAGGAUGGGAUGAGGAAGAUUGUUCGGCAGGUGGAGGAGAGGGAGAGGAUGAUGGAGGAGAUUAAGAAGAAGCUGGAGGAGAGAGACAGGGUGAUUGGGGAUUUGGAGCGGGCAGUUGGGGAGAAGGAGAGAGAGCUUGAUUUGCAGAGGAACCAGAAGCUUCCUGAGUUGGUUGCUGAGUGGAAGGAGAGAGUGAGGGAGGCGGAGGAGAGGGUUGAAGGGGAGAAGGGCCGAGCCAAAGCUGCCGAAGCUGAGGCGAAGGCUCGGUGGGAGGAGGAGCGGCGGUCGUGGAAGAGGAGGGUGGAGGAGGCGGAGACGCACUUGCUGGAGGCUCGGGAGGAGGUUCGGAUGGCGCAGCAGGAGGUUCGGGAGAAGGUUGGGGAGCUGGAGGAAGUUGCCAGGAAGCUGGCAGAGGAGGUUCGGCAAAAAGUGGAGAGGGAAAAGAAGGUUAUUGUAUUGGAAGGGAGGGUUGAUGAAAAAGAAAAGAAGAUGGGGGAGUUGGAAAGAGAGAUGGAGGAGAGGAGGAAGGAACUGGAGGGGAAGUAUUUAAGCAAGGUUGAUGAGUUGCGAGCACUGGAGGAGAAACGGAAGGAGGUAGAGGGGGGGCUUAGAUCGAGGAUAGGAAGUUUGGAGGAGGAAGUUGGGAAGAUGAGGAGGAGAGUGGAGGAGGAGGAGGGGAGGGUGGCGGAAUUGGAGGAGAGGAGGAGGGGGCUUGAGAAGGGAGAGGAGGAGUUGGGGGAGAGAGUGAGGGAGCUGGAAGGGGAGGUUGAGGAGGUGAGGAGAGGGAGGGAUGCUACGCAGAAGCAGCUUCAGGAGAUGGAGGAGAGGGAGAAGGCGAGUGAGAAGAGGGUGUGUGGGCUGAUUGAGAAACUAGAGGCGAAGGAAGGGGUGCUGGUGGGUUUGAGGGAGUCUGUAGAGGAGAAGAGGAGGGAGAUUGAGGAGAGGAGGAGGGAAGUGGAGGGAGUGAGGGAGGAGGUGAGGAGAGUGAGGAUGGAGCGGGAGGAGGAGGAGAAGGGGAGGGUGAAGGCGGAGGGGGAGCGUGAGGAAGUGAGGAGGAAGCUUCAGGGUGUGGAGAGGGAUCUUGAAGCAAGCAGGGCCAAGGUGCGUGACUUAGCAGCGGAAAAGGACCGGCUAGAGAGGGAGGGGGAGGACGUGAGGCGCAGCCUGCAUGAUGCUGUGGCUGCCAGUGCGAAGCUGGCUGCGGCACUGGAUAAGACGGAGGGGAAACUGGUGGCACUGGAAGAGAAGAGUGCAGAGGAGAAGAAGCAGAUGGAAGCCUCACACAAGGAGCAGGUCGAGAAGCUUCAACAGCAGCUGCAGUCCACCCAGCAGUCACUAGAGAGUGCUACUAGGCGCCACCAGGAGGCAGCAGGCGAGCUGAGAGGAGCGUUGAAGGAGCUGGACCGGUUAGAAGGGCUGCUGGGGAGCACACAGGAGCAGCUGGAGGAGAGUCAAGGGCACUUGCGGAAGACCGAGGGGCAGCUGGAAGAGGUUAACGGGCAGCUUGGGCAGACGAAGGGGCAGUUGGAAGAGACGCGGGAACGGCUGGCGGAGACUGAGGGGAGGCUGGGGGAGAGGGAGGAGGAGUUGAAGAGGAGUGGAGAGCGGUUGGAAGAGGUUGAAGGGCAGCUGGCAAGCGCUGAGAAAGAGCUGAAGAGCACCAAUGAGAGCUUGACAGCUGUCAAGGGGGAGAAGCAGCAGCUGGAGGAGAGGCUGGCAGAGACAGAGCGACAGAGGGAGGAACUUGCUGGGAAUCUUCGUGCUCUGGAGGCUGACCUGGCGGAGCGUCGUGCUGAGCUGGCGCUGGCGAAUCAGGAGCUGUCGGUGCGCGCGGGGCAGAUUGCUGAGCUGACGUCACAGCUUAACCUGGCUACUGUUGCUCUGAAGGAGGCGAGGGAUCGCAUUCGCAUGCUGGAGGUGGUGCUGACAGUGAAGGAGGAGGAGCUGAAGAAGCUGGAGGAGCAGAGCAGCGAGGCGAGCGAGCAGGCCAAGAGGAUGAUUGCUGGCAGGGACAACCAGAUUUCUCAGCUCGUAUCGUCCCUACAAGCAGGGAAUGCCAAUUUGGAGGAGGCUAUGAGGAGGCUUGAAGGGCUGGAGGGAGAGAAGCAGCUGCUAGAAGUGGCACUGCUGGAAGCACAGGGGCAGGCGGAGACGAUGGAGAGGGAGAGGGAUGAUGCACGUGCCGAUGCGGCCAAGAGACGGGCUGGAUGGGCCAUGCCCACCCCGGGCUCUAAUAACCUCAAGCCAUCGGCCAUCAAGGCGAGGCAGAAGCAGUGA